GCCAAGCUUUCAAUUAACAAGGCCCCAUGACGACUACUUACUAGUUGCGGCUCAGCAAAUGUCAAGAUGGAGUGGAAGCCUGCUCAGCUUGACGUCUCCUGCCCUCCAGAUCUUGUCCUAACAAACAAUCUGGACGUAGAUCCUGAUUUCGCAGACAAUUUCGCUCGUUGCGCCAGGUGGUGUGCAGAUGGAUCCAGCUUUCUCGUCCAGUGCGAAAACAGGGCAUUUCAGCUGUUUUAUUUUCCAGACAUUUUGCAAGGUACACAGUUCUUCGUUCACCAUAAGCGUACAUUCCCGCAGUCCUCAGCGGUCGUCAAUUUUGCUUGGUAUCCUGGGGCAUCAUCCAACAAUGCUCCAGCUUACUGUUUCGUCGCUUCUGUGCGUGACUGUCCAGUGAAACUUCUGGAUGCUUCGGAUGGAAGGCUGAGGGCCUCGUACCCGAUUAUCGAUCAUCGUGAGAGGUUCAUCGCUCCUCAUAGUCUCGCGUUCAACUUAACAGCCGACAAGCUAUACUGCGGUUUCGAAGAUGCCAUCGAGAUAUUCGACAUACAACAACCUGGGGAGGGCGAUCGGCUCCCGACCACGCCUUCCAAGAAGAGCAAGGAUGGCCUCAAAGGUAUCAUAUCCAGCAUAGCUUUCUCCUCCUCUUAUGACUACUACGCGAUCGGCAGCCUAUCACCUUCCUCACAAGCAAUGGACAAUAUUGCGUUGUAUUCGGAGUCAAAUCAAGCAGCCAUCAUGCCUAUAGGAGGCGCAUAUUCUCAUUCUGGAGUUACGCAGCUGAAGUUUAACCCGACAAAACCGCAUAUUUUGUAUGCUGCAUUUCGUCGACACGAUGCUAUAUAUGCAUGGGACCUUCGCAGCGACACAUCUGUGCCUGUGAAAGUUUUCAGGAUGUCUCCUAAUUCUCGCAAAACCUUAACCAAUCAAAAAAUCGAAUUCGACAUCGAUUGCGCUGGGAGAUGGUUAAGCGUCGGUGACCAGAAUGGAUGUGUUUCGAUGUUUGACCUCGGAGAUUCUGACGAAUUGGAUUCUGAACAGUCAUCAGUGAUUUCGCCGCAAAAUAUCGCCCCAGAGAUGACUUUCAACGCACACGGAGAUGUGGUUAGCUGCGUGGCGUUUCAGCCCUUGCAUUCCAAUCUUCUGUCAGCAUCGGGCUCACGCCAUUUUGAUGAGGACAUUAGGGAGGGUGGUUCUAAUAGUUCCGACGGGGAUUCAACAGACCAAGAGUCGGAUUCUGAGAGCCAAAAUAUAAUCGCAGUGCCAAGGCGCCGACCACUUCCAUAUGUCAAAGACUCUUCUUUGAAGCUGUGGUCAUUCGACCCCACGCGGACCGUACAUCACGUCUGAUUGAUACUUGUUUCGAGGCGCCCGAAUGUCAUUGGACUGGUUUAUUGCUCACAGUCCAGGUCGUCAGCCGAACAAGGUCAAUGAGAUUUCUGUUGGCGGAUUCUACCUUUACCCCAACAGUUGUAAACGAUGUCAAAGACAUUGAUAGGAAUCAAGAAUCAUAGCUUGCAUUUUUACGCAAGGUCUCUUGUACCACACUGUAAUCUUAACAUGCGUUAUCUUCGAUGAGACUAAUUUAUGUUUUCUAUUUCAACCUCGAGUUGUUCAUGAUAGUAGCUGUUGCGUAUAUCUUGUAGCGAGCAGCCGUAGAAUGUGAUACAUAUUUUGUUAUUUUAUGACAUGGCGAGGUUUAUGCUUAUUGCGUAGAUUCUAUGCCUGCUGUAUCGAAGAAACGUAUGAACAUUUUUAUCGGCCACUGCUCCUUGACAUGGG